CCCCCCUUAUACCCCCUACCCCUACCCCCACCCCCCAAAUCUCCUUAAUCUUCACCCUAAUGCCAUUAUUUUCUGAAACUCCAAGUGUAAUUAAGUCCAGAUUCGGGUCAAUGGAUUCGGGUCAGACUACAGCAGCAACACCGAUGGAUAAUACGGCGUCGUUGUUAACGAUGUCGUCAGUAAAGAGCACACCUAAUCUCAGAUUAUUCAAAUCAGCUGUUAAGGACAAAAUCGACAUUUCAGAGAACAACAAGGAUGUGCUGGAAUCGAAUCGGAGUUUUGAGUUUCGCGAAGAUCCUUCGUUUUGGAAGGAUCACAAUGUUCAGGUUAUUAUCAGAAUACGCCCUUUGAGUAGCUCUGAGUUAUCUUUACAAGGGCAUGCUAAAUGUGUAAGACAAGAAAGCUCACAGACAAUCACUUGGACGGGGCACCCAGAAUCCCGUUUUACAUUUGAUAUGGUUGCUGAUGAGACUGUUACUCAGGAGAUGCUCUUUAAAGCUGCUGGAGUACCAAUGGUGGAAAAUUGCAUGGAGGGCUACAAUAGCUGUGUGUUUGCCUAUGGCCAAACUGGCAGUGGAAAAACACACACCAUGCUUGGAGAUAUUGAAGGAGGCACCCGAAGACAUAGUGUAAAUUGUGGGAUGACACCUAGGGUAUUUGAGUACUUGUUUUCAAGAAUUCAAAAGGAAAGAGAGGCACGCAGAGAGGAAAAUAUAAAGUUCACUUGUAGAUGCUCUUUCUUAGAAAUAUAUAACGAACAGAUUCUCGACCUUUUGGAUCCUUCCUCGGUGAACUUGCAGAUAAGGGAAGAUACUAAAAAGGGGAUUCAUGUAGAAGAUCUCAAAGAAAUAGAAGUUACAAGUGCACGAGAUGUGAUGCAGCAACUUCUUCAGGGUGCUGCAAACAGAAAGGUAGCAGCCACCAAUAUGAAUCGUGCUAGUAGCCGUUCACAUAGUGUCUUUACAUGUGUGAUAGAGAGCAAAUGGGAAUCUCAAGGAGUAACUCACCACCGAUUUGCCCGUUUUAACCUUGUCGAUUUGGCAGGAUCUGAAAGGCAGAAAAGCUCAGGAGCUGAAGGUGAACGUCUAAAGGAAGCUACUAACAUCAACAAAUCUCUUUCAACAUUGGGAUUAGUGAUCAUGAACCUGGUUAGCAUAUCUAAUGGAAAAUCACACCAUGUUCCCUACCGAGAUUCAAAGCUCACAUUUCUACUCCAGGAUUCGUUGGGAGGGAAUGCAAAAACAUGUAUAAUUGCAAAUAUUAGUCCUUCCAGCUGUUGUUCAUUGGAGACUCUAAGCACAUUGAAGUUUGCUCAACGUGCCAAAUUCAUCAAAAAUCAUGCUUUUGUAAAUGAAGAUGCUUCUGGAGAUGUUCUUGCAAUGAGGAUACAGAUUCAAAAUCUGAAGAAAGAAGUAGCUCGCCUUCGGAGUAUGUCUGAUGGAGGAGCUGAAAACCAUGAAAAUGAUGCUUGGACAGUUGCUUUUCCAGGAUCACCUACAUCUGUUAAAUGGGAAGGGCUUCAUGGAUUUUCUAGUCCACUUACAGCAGAUAAACGGACGUCAAAGAAAAAGGACUUCGAAGUUGCCCUUGUUGGGGCUUUUAGGAGGGAAAAGGAUAAAGACAUUGCACUACAAGCAUUAAUUGCUGAAAAUCAGGCAGCGAUGCAGCUGACCAAACAAAGAGAAGAUGAGAUACAAGGUUUAAAGAUGAGACUAAGGUUUCGAGAAGCUGCAAUAAAAAGGCUCGAAUCAGUUGCUUCAGGAAAGAUAUCUGCCGAGGUUCACUUGCUAAAGGAGAAAGAGGAGCAUUUGAAGGAAAUGGAGGUCCUACGAAAUCAGGUUGAUCGUAACCAAGAAGUUACAAGAUUUGCUAUGGAGAAUCUACGGCUAAAAGAAGAGAUCAGAAGAUUGAAGUCAUUUUAUGAAGAAGGUGAGCGAGAAAGAAUGAAUGACCAGAUCGCGACACUACAAAAUAAGCUGCUAGAAGCACUUGAUUGGAAACUAAUGCACGAAUCAGAUCCUGCACCGGUUCAGAAGGGAAGUUCUGAGCUUGGUAUGCAUAUUGAGAAUGACCUGAAUAUGUUAACGUCAUGUCAGCCGGCCUCGCCUUGGCGUACAUCAAUCAAUGAAGAGAAUGAAUUCCUCCGAGUCCAGGCAAUUCAAAACCAAGCAGAACUGGAUGCACUCCAUAGGAAACUUGUUUUUUGUGUUGAAGAGAGAGAAAAAUUGGAAAGGCGAUUGAAUGACUUGGAAAAAGAGCUAGAAUUUGAGAGAUCAUCUAAAGCAGUUCUGAUGGAAGAAUCGAAGAAGGGUCAAACCGAGCAGUCUUCUGUUGCAAAUGAUCAGAUGCCUACUAUUGCUGUCGGCGAUCAGACGGAGCUGAAAACUAUUGUCGAUGCUAUUGCAGCAGCAAGCCAAAGAGAAGCAGAAGCUCAUGAAACAGCAAUUUCCUUGUCUAAGGAAAAUGAUGAAUUGAGGAUGAAGCUCAAAGUCCUAAUUGAGGACAAUAAUAAACUGAUAGAACUGUACGAGCAAGCAGUAGCAGAAAAGAACAAUGGUACUGAUCGAGGUCAGAACUGCCAACAAGAAAAGAUUGAAGAUGACAACCAACAGCAUUAUGAAAAUGCUUUACUGAAUCAUGAUUUAGAUGACAAUGUUUCGUCAGGGGAGGCAGUAACUUCACAGAAAGCUGGCUUGCACGAGGUAGAUGUACAUGGCGAGUACAGUCAAUGUUCUCUUCUUCCAGAGAAAAGCAGUAUUGCUGCUGACUCAGAAGAACUACCUAGCUAUAAUACUGCAAAAAUUAUAGAGAAUAAACCAUCAAAACCAGAUGAAGAAAAUACUUUUGAAACAUUGGGCAAAGGUGAUUACAUGAUGAUGGAAACUGUUUAUCCUGAAUCAACUGCAGAAGCUGUACAAAAUGAACUUCAUCUGAAGCUGGCUAUUGAAAUGGAAGAUACGUCAUCAAAUGUUUUGCGGAAUCCUGUAUCAGAAGAAGACCUAAGUUUGCUGAGAAUGAAGCUUGAAGGAGCGCAGGAAAAGCUUCUAAAAUCUGCCAACACCAUAAGCAUGUUUGGUUCAUUAGAGAGGGCAAUUGUUGAGGUUGACGAGCUUGCAGAAGAAAUUGAAGGACUGGAAAAGAGCAUUGAAGUGAAAAAACAAGGAUACACAUCCUUCAAGCUUCAGUCUUCGCAGAUGCUUGAAAAGAAAGUUUUGCUUGAUAAAAAGCUAUCAGCUCUAAGAUACUCACUAUCAAACUUUUCUUCAUCAAUUUGUUACUUCGAACAACGGGAAGCUCAAGCAAGAGCGAGAUUAGAUGCUUCAUUUACUUGUCUCAACCAGAAGAAAGCAAAAUUGGCUCAUCUUCAAGCAUCUAAGGCUGAACUCCUGGAUAAGCAGAUGCUGGCUAAACAGUCUGAAUCUGAAUUAAGAAACAUCCUAGCAGAGUUGAAAUCAAAAUUGGAAGAGGAGAAUCGGAGGCUGGAAAGUGACAGGGUUCUCUUUGCCAUAGAUAACAUUGAGAAACCCGAAAUCCAAUUGCCAGAAAGGAGUUGGCAGUUGAGUGGCAAAGCUACUGAAUUACUCCAGUGUGAGGAAGAAAAAACGAAGAUACAGAAUCAAAUAAAGCUGACUAGGGAAAAUUUGGGGAUGAUGAUAAAGGAAAUUGAAGACUUCAACGAAAAAAGGCUGAAUACAGAGAAGGAUAUUGAGGCUACUGAAAAGGAGAUAGAGAAGGUUUUGCAGUCUGUAGAGGAGAUGGGCAAUAGGCUUCAAAGUGUCAUCCGGGAGAAGGAGAUGAUCUUGGAAAUGAAAGAAAACGGGAAACACGAGUUCGAGAACAUGAUUCUUGAGUACCACGGAAGUAUGUUUGAAGCAUCGCUGAAGGAGGAAGCGUUGAAGAUUUUGGACGAAGAAUUGCAGUUGGAAACGACUAAAAUAGAAGAUUUACAAAGAGCAAAGGCUCUUGCCACGAGCAGAAAAAGUCAAUUGCUGAAUGCAUUGUCUUGCCAGUCAUGCUCUUUCUCCGACAAGGUAGAGGAGGAUCUACACGACAUACGAAGGUCAGUGUUAGAGCUGAACUCAUUGCUUGGAAAUUGAUAGUUUGGCUGACAGUUAAUGCAUCUUCUCUUAGUUGCAUUGCUGCAUUUAUGUAUUGUCAAUAUAAAUUUUAAGCAAAUGGUGUAUGAACCAUCAUUAUGAUUGUGAAUAACUUGUGAAAAAUACAAUCAAAUUUUGAUUGGGGAAUCUGAAAAGGAAAUAAUAUCUUUUUCCUUUUCUGUUGGAAGUA